AUGGAAUUUUACGGCAUGACUGGAGAGAAGUUGGGCACGAUCGGGCAGGUGGAGGAAAAGGGAGCCAAGGGGGCCGACCUGCCUCGAUGGAAGAAGGCCUUCUUAGAGAAGCCUUCAAUAUCAAUCCGCAAGGGCAUUGCUUGGGGGUUCUCUCCUCCAUAUGAGGACACAUCUACACUGGUUCUCACGUCUCCGAAUGCCGUCUUCGUCGACAUACGAUUUCCACUGCAGCCAGACUCUUCCAGGCCACUGACCGGAAACCCAGCAUUCUGGGCGUUCUCGGGCACCUCCCGCACAACGUUCUCUCCGGACACAUCGGAGGUCUCGAUGCCCUAUUCAGCACAUGCGGUGUGGGCACACGAGAUUGAUUCAAAAGGGUCAGGCAUCAGCGAUGAGGGAGACAUGUUUCUCCUCCCCAAUGACGAUUGUAUCGAGGUCGGGAUGAUGCAGAAUCCCCAAACUAAACAGGUCGAGCUGUACAAGGAAUACUGGAGCACGCCGCCUGCCGAGCCCGGGUCCGGAGAUCUUCGUCGGUCACCUUGUGUCGUGGCGAGGACGCUGGAGCUGGGAGUACACAGAGCGGCUCGAAACGGGAGCGGGGUUGUCAUUCGUGUGGGAGACUACUGUCAAGGCAUCGUUCAGCAAUGCGAGCACGACGGAUCACCCCGGGGAGUGCUGGUGGAGCGGUGGCAGAAGCUCCCGGUCCAGAGGAAUCCCGCUCUCUCUGAGAGCCAGAGCCGAGACGCUGGAGACAGCCAUCAGCCCACGGAGUGGCUCAUGGACUGGCGCAGCAAUACUCCCGAAGGCGAGGCCUCGAUCCCAUCUCUAUGGACGUGCAUGGACGAUAGGAAACUUGGAGAUCAGAUUGUGAUACACGGUGUCACCUGGUCGGUGGUGGAAGUGGGAUAG